CACAACACCUCAAUUGGAGUCAAUGGACACAAGAUGAUAUCACAACGAAUUGGUUUGCAAGGUCUGCGGGCCAGACCCUCCUUCAGCCUUCUAACUCUCCGUACUCCUCAAUAUCUACGACCGAUCACGUCUACUACACAGCCUACCAGACUAUCCCGUAGCCCGCUCUCUCCUCAAACUCCUCGAGGUCUGCGAUCAAUCACAUCUACCGCACAUCGUUUCCAAGAUGUCUUCCACGCCCAGUCCUCUGAUCCCUCCUCCUCGGCGAUCCUCUCCUCCCUCAAGACUCCUUCUCGAAUCCCUCAAACUCUUACGGAGAAGAUCGUCCAAAGAUACUCCCUUGGUCUUGCGGAUGGCAAGGUCGUGAAAUCUGGAGAUUAUGUUACCUUAUCCCCUCACCACUGCAUGACGCACGACAACUCAUGGCCUGUUGCUCUCAAAUUUUUUUCGGUCGGAGCUAGCAAGAUCCACGACCCAAAGCAAAUCGUUUGCACUUUGGAUCAUGACGUCCAAAAUCGGAGUGAGACGAACCUUAAGAAAUACAAGCAAAUCCAAGAGUUCGCGAAGAAGCAAGGUGUGGACUUCUAUCCUGCUGGACGCGGAAUUGGGCAUCAGAUUAUGGUUGAGGAGGGUUAUGCGUGGCCAGGCACUAUGACAGUUGCUAGCGAUAGCCACAGCAACAUGUACGGUGGAGUGGGCUGCUUGGGAACAGCUGUGGUAAGGACGGAUGCGGCCAGUAUCUGGGCUACAGGUAAAACUUGGUGGCAGAUUCCUCCAAUAGCAAAAGUCACAUUGACGGGUGUCCUACCAAAGGGUGUUACCGGAAAAGAUGUCAUUGUGGCGCUGUGUGGACUGUUCAACAACGACGAAGUGCUUAACCAUGCCAUCGAGUUUACAGGCUCGGAGCAGACAAUGAGAAGUCUGCCAGUGGAUGACCGAUUAGCCAUUGCGAACAUGACAACGGAAUGGGGAGCAUUGACUGGACUGUUUCCAAUCGAUUCCAUGCUACAGGCAUGGAUGAGAGCUAAGGCUACAACUGCAGCCCUUUUUGAUGGAAAGGACGCACCGGAAUCUCGAUUUUCACACGCAAGAAUCGAUGACUUGGUCCAAAACCAACUAGUGGCAGACAAAGGUGCUACUUACGCGAAGUCUCUUUACCUCAAUCUCUCCACUCUGUCUCCGUACGUCUCUGGGCCAAACUCCGUCAAGGUCGCCACGCCUCUACGGGAUCUUGAGGCCCAAAAUAUUAAAAUCAACAAAGCCUACCUUGUAUCGUGCACCAACUCUCGUGCGUCCGAUCUUGCUGCUGCUGCGAAGGUCUUCAAGGAUGCAUCAACUUCAGGAACACCUGCCAAGAUCGCAUCAGGAGUAGAAUUCUACAUUGCUGCAGCAUCAUUACCUGAGCAGGAAGCAGCAGAAGAUGCAGGAGAUUGGCAAGCACUUCUCAAUGCUGGAGCGAAGCCUUUGCCGGCUGGAUGUGGUCCCUGCAUUGGUCUCGGAACGGGAUUAUUAGAGCCUGGAGAAGUAGGUAUCAGUGCAAGUAACCGUAAUUUCAAGGGACGCAUGGGCUCUCCAGAUGCCAAAGCAUAUCUUGCAAGCCCAGAAGUCGUAGCAGCCAGUGCACUGAGUGGCAAGAUCAGCGGACCAGGCUGGUAUGAAAAGCCUGUUGGCGUCGAAAAGGUCGUACUUGGAGAAGGAAACGGCAUUGCUGAGGAAGAUAAGGCCAUUAGCAUUGAAGAGGCUUUGGACAAAUUGAUCGCUCAGGCUGAUUCAAUUAUCUCGUCAGCUGAACAGGAUAUCCUAGGCACAUCGGAGCGGAAGGAAGAAUCAUCAGAUGAAGCCUUGACUGCCAUCCUUCCAGGCUUCCCAGAACGCGUAGAAGGCGAAAUUGUCUUCUGCGACGCAGAUAACAUCAACACCGAUGGGAUCUACCCCGGAAAAUACACCUACCAAGACGACGUCUCGGUAGAGAAGAUGGCAGAAGUGUGUAUGGAGAACUACGAUCCAACAUUUGGAUCUAUUGCACGUGAGGGUGAUAUUCUCGUCUCAGGUUUCAACUUUGGAUGCGGAAGUUCAAGAGAGCAAGCUGCUACUGCCAUUUUGGCCAAAAAGAUCCCUCUUGUUGUGUCUGGCAGCUUUGGUAACAUCUUUGCAAGGAAUAGCAUCAACAAUGCACUCAUGGGCGUUGAAGUUCCUCGACUAGUCGAGAGACUCCGCGAACACUUCUCGGGUCAGAAAGUCCAACAGAAGACUGAUGUCAAAGAGCCGGAGGGCAACAAGGAGAGCUUGGAUAGCCCGCCACCGGCACAACAGGCCAGUCCUGCGGAGGAGAAAGUUUUGACAAGGAGAACGGGAUGGACAUUCUUGUGGGAUGUGAAGAGGAGCAAGGUUGUAAUUACAGAGGGGAAGGGUGGCCCGACAUGGAGUCAGAAGGUUGGUGAGUUGCCCCCGAAUGUUCAAGAGAUCAUUGCGAGAGGCGGGUUAGAAAAAUGGGUGAAGGGCGAAAUCGGUGGGUCCUGAUAGAUAGGACAUGAUGAAGAUCUCUUGUAAAUUAUGUCAUAAAUACUGUUUUUUACAACCAAUCAUGAG